GGCUUGUUUGCUUAGGUCACGCGUUUUCUUGGGUUUAUCCUCACCGCCUCUCCCUCUCUCUCAUCCAAUAUAUAUUUCUCUGGUAGUUUCCUUUCUGCUUUUCUUCAUUCAUUCUUCUCUUCCCCUUUCUCUCUCUUCGCUCUAUUCAAAGCUCUUCUUUGCUCCUUUGUCAUACCCUCCUCUCUCUUUUCUUAUUGAUUCAUGGCGUUCAAAAGGGUACUAGCGUAAAGAAGAAAAGCCCUUCUCUUUCUCUUACUCCCAUACUCCUCGCUUCUUCUCGAUCAACUGAUUUUCUUGAUCUGCCUCGACCGCUAAUCUUUCUUCUCAGUUCGAUUUGUUUAAUUCUUCUUUCUCUUCGCUCGAGUGUUCCUGGUUUCGUUCCUUUGAACGGCUCUGUUUUCCCCUUUUUUUUUUUUUUUUUUUUUUUUUUUUUAAAUUUCUGAUCGGAAAUGGGGUACCCGCAGAAGCCUCAAGUAGAUGGAGGACUAGAAUCUGAAGGUAAGAAAUGGGUAAUCGCUGGAAUCCCAUUACGAGCGCCGUUGAGAAGUAUAAGCACCAACAAGAAGGACGACGGAGGUAAUGAUGAAGACGAGUGUUCAACGACUCCAACUUCCGAAGAAGCAAGGAUACCAGAGAGGUUGUCAUGCCCACCUGCUCCUAGGAAGCGUAGACCUUCAAGGUGUCAUUUUAAUGGAGUUAGGGAGUUCUUUACUCCCCCAGACCUAGAAUCUGUCUUCAUACGCCAUGUCGAGAGGGCAAAAUAAAUUGGGGCGUUCCAGCUUUUGCCCCUUCUUGUUGCUUGUUCUUCUCUUUUUUUUUUCUUUUCUUUUUUAUUAUCUUUCUCUUUUUUCUGUUCUUUGUAGGGGACAGAGUUGAUGUACAAAAUUACAAUUUAUAAGAAGAAUGAAUUUUAGUUUGGGUAUU